AUGGAAUCAUCUCGACUUGGAGCAGAUUUUAUCGAAUGCAUCAAGCUAGGUAUUUUACACAGUCCUUCCGGUCGGUUUCUAACCGCUGAAGUGUUCAACAAUGAAAUCAACGUAUCUGGAACGGCACUAAGACGUCGUCAGGUUUGGACAGUGCUAACGGAGCGCGGUAGUCCCCAAACCGUUUUCAUUCAAAGCCAUCUGGGGCGCUUCCUAUCGGCGGACAAGGAUGGACGUGUUUGUGGUGCAGCCACCACACCCGGUGCGGAUGAGCGUUUUGUCCUCGAAUUUUCACCUCAAGCCACAGUGGUGCAAAAAAAACAAUUGCGAUUGCUCUUAUUCAUUGUAGCCUACGGAGGGAUUCAUCUGCGUCAUCAGUUCCGUUCUCGCUACUUUCGCAUGAUGCCUGAUGGCACCGAGUUACGAGCAGAUAUGCCCUAUCCUUGGGGUCCCGAAACUUUACUGUGGAUAGAACAGCUCCCAAUGGCAGGAAGUGCAGGUCCUGGUCGACCAGCUAUCCCCACAGCCGGUCGAAAUGCAGUGGCCCGAUUAGGUCGUGUGGCCCUGCGUUGUCAGAAUGGGCAAUAUUUGAAACCGGAUGGAUCGUUUGCCGACACUUUGGACGAUUCUGUCCUAUAUGCCCUUGAACUUCGUCCGGGUACCCCAAGAACUUUUGCAUUCCGGGACACGAGUGGAGCCUAUUUGACUACUGUUGGUCCGGGUACUGCCAAAGUGAAAGUGAACAGCACAGUUCCAGGCAAAGAAGAACUGUUUCUCAUUGAACGAGCGGUUCUUCAAGUCGGUGUCCUUGCCCACAAUAAUAAAUAUGCCUCAGUCAAACAAGGCACAGAAAUAUCAGCCAAUCAGCACGAACUUGAUGAGACGGCCAUUUUUCAGCUGGAAUAUCUCGGUGGCAAAGGUUUUAAUAGCUCGGAUGCGAUUGCCGCGGCUGUUUCUGUACACCAGAAUUCCAGCUUCGAUGGUGAAUGCCCGAAUUCCGGUGUUUCCGCUACUAAUGGCAUGACACCUGGAAUCUACUGUCUAGUGACUGGUCAUUGGCGCUUACGUUCACGUAGUGGAAAACUGUGGCGAAUGGCGCCCUCGUUUGGUGUGCAAAAUACCGCUUCAGAUGGGUGA